UUAGCAGCAAGCGCUCCUUCAAUGGUUUCCCCUCUAUUUCCUUUUGCCUUUGCCAUUGCAAUGCCUCUCGAUUAGCCCACAGCGGGAGGAGGUUACAAUCCCUUUUUCCUUUCAAGGUAGGGCAGAAUGCUGGGCAUGUACGUGCCGGAUAGGUUCGCCCUGAAGUCAUCUAAAAUUCAAGACGGGAUGGGGCUCUUUACGGCCCGGAGAGUGAAAAAGGGUGAAAAGUUUGGACCAUUUGCAGGAGAAAAGCGAAUGCCACAGGAACUGGAUGAAAAUACAGACUGCAGGCUAAUGUGGGAGGUUCGUGGAAAUAAAGGUGAAGUGCUUUAUGUUCUGGAUGCUAGCAAUCCAAGGCAUUCUAACUGGUUGCGAUUUGUACAUGAAGCUCCAUCUCAAGAACAAAAGAAUCUGGCAGCUAUCCAGGAAGGAGAAAACAUUUUCUAUCUAGCUAUUGAGGAUAUUGAAACAGAUACUGAACUCUUGAUUGGUUACCUUGAUAGUGAUAUGGAAGAAGUAGAGGAAGAAAAUGAAGAGGAAGGCAUUAUUAACCAGGAAGAAGAGGAUAGCAACAACAACAGUAAUGGCACUCAUAAGGAAUUGCAACAAAAUAAUGAAAAAGAUUGUUUUCCCUGCAAAGAGGACCAUGCUUGUCCAAACUGUGAAUCUAGUUUUGCAAGCCAGGAAAUAUUAGCUGAACACCUUCAGACAUUGCAUCAAAAACCCAGUGAAGAAAAAGAAUUCAAAUGCAGGAAUUGUGGAAAGAAAUUCCCAGUAAAGCAAGCUUUACAAAGGCAUGUCCUUCAGUGCACAGAAAAUGUGAAUCCAGGAAAUUGUUCAAGAAGUUCUCAGUGUUCUAUUUGCAACAUAUCCUUCAGCUCAGAAUUGAGUUUUGAACAACACAAAGAAGCAUGCCGAGGAGAUGCUAGGUUCGUAUGCAAGGCGAUCAGCUGUGGGAAGAGGUUCAAGAGUAAGGAUGCCUUGAAAAAGCACAAAGAAAAUGUUCACACUGGAAACUCUAGGAAGAGACUGAUGUGCUCAGUAUGCAAUAAGAGGUGCUCUUCAGCAGCAAAUCUUCAAGAGCAUCGAAAGGUUCAUGAAAUAGUUGAAUGUCAAGAAUGUGACAAGAAAUUUAUUUCAUUUAAUCAGCUAAAACGCCAUAUGAUAACUCACUCAGAAAAACGCCCCUACACCUGUGAGGUUUGCAAUAAGUCCUUCAAACGACUUGAUCAAGUGACUGCACACAAAAUAAUACACAAUGAAGAUAAACCCUAUAAAUGCAAGCUUUGUGGAAAGGGAUUUGCCCACAGAAAUGUUUACAAGAAUCACAAGAAGACACAUUCUGAAGAAAGACCAUUUCAGUGUGAGGAAUGCAAAGCUCUAUUCCGAACACCAUUCUCUCUACAAAGACAUCUUCUGAUUCAUAAUAGUGAAAGAACAUUUAAAUGUGAUCACUGUGAUGCUACAUUCAAACGGAAGGAUACUUUGAAUGUUCACAUACAAGUUGUUCAUGAUGGCCAUAAGAAAUAUAAAUGUGAUCUGUGCGACAAAGCCUUCGUAACACCAUCUGUUUUAAAGAGCCAUAAAAAAACUCACACAGGUGAAAAAGAGAAAAUUUGUCCAUAUUGUGGGCAGAAGUUUGCAAGUAAUGGAACUCUGAGAGUCCAUAUUCGAAGUCACACAGGGGAACGCCCUUAUCAGUGUCCCUAUUGUGACAAAGCUUUCAGCAAGAAUGAUGGAUUAAAAAUGCACAUCCGCACCCAUACAAGAGAAAAGCCGUAUCAAUGCUCUGAGUGCAACAAGGCUUUCAGUCAGAAACGUGGCCUGGAUGAACACAUGAGGACCCACACAGGAGAGAAGCCAUUCCAAUGUGAUGUUUGCGAUUUGUCAUUCAGCCUCAAGAAAAUGCUGAUCCGGCACAAGCUGACUCACAAUCCCAAUCGGCCCAUGGCUGAAUGCCAGCUAUGCCACAAAAAGUUUACAAGAAAUGACUACCUCAAAGUACACAUGGAAAAUGUCCAUGGGGAAACUGACAGCUAAUUUUGGCUUAAAGGAGAAAGUGUGUAGUGUUUCCAUUGAAUGCUUCUAACUCCAGAGUUCAGUCAGAUGAGUAAAUACACAAUAUAGAAUGUAUAUUUUUUUAAAAAAUUAUAUAGACAAAUCUUUUUUGGGGUUUUCUAUUCAAAGUAAAAGUGUUAUGUGAUCAGUGAUGUGGGAAUGAAAAUAAUUCAUGUCAUGGUGAAUCAAAACAUUAUUUUUAAUUGGGAAGUUUAUUACUAAAAUAUGUUAUAAUCCUGUCAUAAUUACUAUUUUUUUCUCUAUUUCCAUAUAAUAAAACUUUAAUUCAGUUGUAGUUUUUAGCAUGACAUGGUUUUGAAAAGAAGACAGACAACUUGAGGUUAGGACAGAUCUGGUCAAAUUCAUACCUGUUAGAAAAUUUGUUAGCACUGCUCUGUUUGCUCAGCUACUUUCCUAGAAGGGGAAG